AAUAUAAAGAUUGAAAUUGAGUGAGACGGUGGUUCAUCCCCGAGAAUCGCCGUCGUCGUCGUCGACAGCGUGUGUUGAAUUUGGUAUCGGCGAUCAUCCGUCGUCGCACAGAAAUGGCGGAUUUCCAGACAUCAACUCAAAGGGCCAAGUGGAUUUUCACACCCCAGAAACUAGCAGAGAGAUAUAAAGCUGCUAACCAGAGGGCAGUACAACUGCUGGAGAAGUGUGGAACAACCCAAGUUGAAGUAGAUGCUAGUGGUUCACUAACUUAUCCAUCAGAGAAAUUUGAUGCAGGAGGAGAUCAAGGUGAUAAGAAGCUUAAGCCUUUGAGUGUUGAUGAGGAACGUUUCAUGAGAGCUUUUUAUGAGGCGAAGGUUCAAGAAGUCUGCAGUGCCUUUGAGUUUCCUCACAAGAUUCAGGCAACAGCUCUGCAAUACUUUAAAAGAUUUUAUCUGCAGUGGUCUGUUAUGCAACAUCAUCCCAAAGAAAUAAUGUUAACCUGCGUGUAUGCAGCCUGUAAAAUAGAGGAGAAUCAUGUAUCUGCUGAGGAGAUAGGCAAGGGGAUUAAACAAGAUCACCAUGUAAUUCUCAAGUACGAGAUGGCUGUUCUCCAGAGUUUGGAAUUUGAUCUGAUUGUUUAUGCACCGUAUCGUGCAAUCGAAGGCUUUGUCAGCAACAUGGAGGAAUUUCUUCAAGCUAGAGAUGAUGAAAUCCAAAAGCUGGAGAGUUUGAUCAAAGCUGCAACAGCAGAAGCCGAUAAAAUUAUGCUCACAGAUGCUCCACUCCUCUUUCCUCCUGGCCAGUUGGCGUUGGCUGCUUUGCGUAUUGCAAAUGGGGUUCUUGGAGUGGUCGACUUUGAUAGGUACCUAGAGAACAUUGUUUCUCAACCCAACUCUGAGCACACGACUUCAGAGCUCAUAAGAUUACUAGAUGACGUUGAAUAUUUGGUAAAGAACUAUAAGUACCCAAGUGAAAAGGACAUGAAGCAUAUCAACAGGAAUCUAAAAUCUUGUCUAGGACAUAGCUCUUCACAUGACGAGAGUAAGAAACGGGAGAAAAGAUCGAAGCACAAGUCACAUAAGAACUCCAGUGAUACACCAAAAGGUCCACCGAUUGGUUGAGCUUCUCGUUUUUGUCAUUAAGCAAAUUUUUUCCUUGGCACUUGGUAUCUUUAAUCUUAUUGCCCUCUUGUUCUUUCUAAAGUAAAUUAUCUGAAUAAUCAAAAUCUUAAUUCUGGCAGUUUGUGUUAAACAGACCAAAAACCUGUAUCUGGUAACAGAUGUUGGCAUUCAACACCUUCAAAUUCAUAAUUUACCAUUUUCCAAUUU